AUAAUCGACAAAAAUCUAUGCAACCCAUCUGAAGAAAUCGAAAUCCUACUUCGGUUCACCGCUUUUCCUCAUAUAAUCACUUUGAUAUGUGUUUACGAAAACGACGAUCUUGUAUAUAUUGUCACUGAGUACCUUCGAGGGGGCGAGCUCCUGGAUAAAAUCUGCCGCCAGAAGUCAUUCUCAGAGCGCGAGGCUAGUGCCGUACUGGAAGUGUUAGCGCGGACAGUAAAAUAUCUCCAUGAACACAUGAUAUAA